UACCCUCGUUGCUUUUUGGGAUGAAGGCAUUUGAAACCUUGUCUCUGUAUUCAUUUUUCAUGGCGUUGUAUCUUCUCUACGAAUCGGCAUCUGGUUAUGCUCUUUUUCUAAGUCAUGGCAUCGAUGAAAUUGGGCAGAACACUGAAGCUGUUCGGAGCUCUGUUCUCGAUCUUAAUCGCUUCGGGAAAGUUGUGAAACUAGUAGCUUUUAAUCCGUUUGACUCUGCCCUCGAUGCUCUCAACCAGGUUACUGCUAUUUCUGAAGGGCUUUUGACUGAGGAGCUGAGGAACUUCUUGGCGCUGAAUCUCCCAAAAAUUAAGGCAAGUAAAAAGCCUAAAUUUAGUCUCGGAGUUUCGGAGCCAAAGAUUGGGUCACAUAUUUUUGAAGAGACUAAAAUUCCUUGCCAAAGCAACGAGUUUGUUCUUGAACUUCUUCGGGGUGUGCAAUUUUAUUUUUGA